CGGGGCGAAAUGACAACCGUGCGCGUGCGUCGCUUAGUUCCUUGAGGUGUGUUUUCUAAAAGGACGAGAACUCCAAACUGGAAGAGAAAGGGAGGGGGAGAGAGAGGGAGAGAGGAAGCACGAUGAAGCCCGCUGGCCGCCUCGCAGAGUGAGGCAGAAAAGUUGUGUCAACUUUGGUGUGACGCGGAGGUGAAAACUCGGUGCGUCCACACCGACGCUCGGCAGCCGCAGCUGGGGGGGCGGGAGGAAGAUGGCGCGGCGCCGCGGCGGUGCCACGUCUCGGUUCACCGGAGAAAUCCCCAAAAGUGCCGGAAAGAGCGCGACGUCGGCGGUGGUUUGGUUGUGUUUUUGUCUCCUGUUCCCUUCCGCCGCGGAGGCCGGGCUGUACACCGCCACCGACCAGCUCCUCCCGCUGAGUCCGGACAACGUGGAGCCGCUUUUGAUCAACUCCACGGCCGCCGUGCUGGUGGAAUUUUACGCUUCGUGGUGCGGACACUGCAUCGCCUUUUCUCCAGUUUACAAACGUCUGGCGAGAGACAUUAAAGAGUGGAAGCCGGCUGUUGACCUGGCAGCCAUCGACUGCGCUGCAGAGGAGAACAGGAAGGUCUGCACCGCCUUCGGCAUCAAAGCCUACCCCACUAUCAAGUUCUUCCACGCUUAUUCCAAGGCUGAUUCUAAAGGACAGAGCUUUAGAGCUUCUACUCAUGAAGUCUGGGUCCUCCGUCACCGGAUCAUAGACAAACUGGAAAGCCACGAGGAGCCGUGGCCCCCCGCCUGCCCCCCACUGGAGCCCACGAGCCAAGCAGAGAUCGACAGCUUCUUUGAGACCAACAACGUCCAGCACCUGGCUCUGAUAUUUGAGGACGCCACAUCUUACAUCGGCCGAGAGGUGACCCUGGACCUGUUACAGUUUGAGAACGUCGCAGUGCGGAGAGUCCUGAGCACCGAAGAAGGUUUGGUGACCAAACUGGGAGUGACGGAGUUUCCCUCCUGCUACCUUUACUCUGCUGGAGGCAACUUCACCAGACUCAAAGUCAACAUAGAGGCCCGUGCUUUCUACUCCUACGCGCUCCAGGCGCUGCCGGGAGUGAGGCGGUCAGGGAAGCCUCCACCGGUCGCCGCCGGGGUCGUCACCAACCACACACAGGAGCCGUGGAAACCCUUCAACAGGUCCAGAGUGUACAUGGCCGACCUGGAGUCGACGCUGCAUUACUCGCUGCGUGUGGAGCUGGCUGCUCAUACCGUCAUAAAGGGAGGGGCCCUGACUUCUCUCAGGGAGUACGUCUCGGUCCUGGCGAAGUACUUUCCAGGCCGUCCCGUGGUGACGAACCUUUUGAAGUCUUUAAACGCUUGGCUACAGAACCAGACUGGCGACGAGAUUUCCUAUGAGGCACUGCGAGAGAUCCUGGAUAACACCGCUCAGUCUCCAAACACUGCCUUGCCUGAAGGAGAGCGGUGGGUGGCCUGUCAGGGUUCACAACCCCACUUUAGACGUUACCCUUGUGGGAUGUGGAGUCUCUUCCAUGUUCUUACUGUCCAGGCCAAGGACGCAGGAGGCACAGAUCCCAAGGAGGUGCUGAGUGCCAUGAGAAGCUACGUCCACAGCUUCUUCGGCUGCCGGGCGUGUGCCGAGCACUUUGAGGUCAUGGCGGAGGAGAGUUUGGUGGAGGUGGACACGUUGUCGUCAGCGGUGCUGUGGCUUUGGUCGAGACACAAUCGUGUCAACAACAGACUGGCAGGUGCUUUGAGUGAAGACCCCAACUUCCCAAAGGUCCAGUGGCCUUCGCCCGAGAUGUGUCCAGGCUGCCAUUCUGUGAAGGACAACGGGGAGCACAGGUGGAGCCAGCCGCAGGUUCUUCCCUUCCUCAUGUCCUACUUCUCAUCCAGCAGUAUCCUCGCAGACCACCUCGAGGAUGAAAACCAGAUCCUGGCAAAACAGAGGGAAAAACAUGCUUUAUUAUCUCAGCAACGUGUGGAGAGGAAAGCCAGGGAGGCCUCAGACUCCAUGAUGCACCCUCUGCCAUCGCAAUCCACUGUGCAGGACGAGGAGGAGGAGGAGGAGGAAGAAGAAGAGGAGGAGGAGGAGGAAGAGGGGCCGCGGGACGAGGAGGAGCAAGGUGGGGAAAGGGCCGCGGCGGAUGAGAUGGAGCGUAAGAAGUCGGACACGAACCCCUGGGGCAAACCCCAGGUGGAGGUGGACCAAGGCCGGCGGCAGGCCCGCAGGAAGCCCAGAAUCGUGGGCCUGAGGAUGCCGGAGCUGCAGGAGGACAUCGUGGACCUCGACUCAUUCGUCUACCAGAACUACAAGGCCAAGGCGCUGCAGGGCGUCGCCGCCACCCGGGUCAAACAGCGCAGCCUGCAGAGGAAGGAGGAGCGGGACCCGGGGCCCGUGUUCGGACUCGGCUCGGAUCUGGACGCCGGGCUCGGGAUGGUGGGCCUGCAGCCGCUGGAAGCUGACUUUGAGCUGGAGCUCGGGCAGCAGAGGAAGCGGCUACAGAACCGAGAACUGAGCGGCCAGCGCUUUGUGGAGGAGGCCGAGUUGGCGCGGUGGGUGUCUGUGCUGAGCAUCGGGUUUUCCAAAGUGGACAUCAGCCUGUGUGUCGUCCUUUAUUUCCUCUCCUUCACGUGUCUUCUGGCCAUGUAUCUUUUCUUCAAGAACCGCCUCAGGCUACGGAGAGGCAAAGUAGCUCUACCUUGAACAAAAAGGUAUCCAAUUUCCAGAUGAGUCGGCAAUGAUUAACGUUCAUUAGGUUUGUGCAGGCUACGGGUGGGGUGACUGUAAGGGGAUGUGUCAAGAUUAGGGCGAUGUUAGACGGUCCACUUAACUGUUACCUCCAGCUGAAUGUCCUGGAUGUGUUCUGUCUAAACAGAGUGUAGGGGAAAGGGAAAAUUAGCUGCAUUUCUAUAUCGGGUUUGCUUAUUUAAUUAUUCAUUUAAUGUUCUUUUCAGACAGAAGCUUAACUAUGGACAAUAUGUGAAUGUAGAUGCAUAUUUCCAUAAGUGGGUUGCUGUUUUUGAAUUAAGAUCACAAUUUAGAUUUGUUUUGUUUGACUUCUUAUAAAGAGCAAACCAGUAUGAGAUUAUUUUUUUUUUUAAACUAAUUUUUUAUGGAGUGACUGCAACUAAUGAAUUUAUUUUACUAGGUUUUGUUCAUUUGUAGCAGUGUGAUUUUUUUUAAUUUUAUAUCUCUUAAUUAGGCCAACACCUACUUCUGUCUAUUAUGACACAAAUAUAUAUAAUUAUAUGAUUAUGAUGUAUAAUUUUUUAAUAUCCGAAUUAUUUGAAUAAAAUGCUACUUGAUUGUGCUUCAAUGAACAAACAAAAAAAGCAAUUGUGCUUUAAUAACAGAUCAACUCCUUUCCCUUAAUCAACAAUUGACAUAUUUCUGUUUAAUUCAAUGCAUCAAUACUAAAUCAAAUGUUACUGCAUUUCUUUUAAUACUCAGACAACUCAGUCCCAGGAUGCGUUGUGGGUUUGACAGUUGGAUCAUUUAGCUGAAUACUGUGACUGGACCAGCACAUCCACACUUAACUUUCUCCAGAGAAGAGCAGACCAGCCUUUUGUUGUUCAGCUCCUUUGGUUGGUGGUUUACUGUCCAUCACACGCAGUGUUACUUCACAUUCACUUUGAGUCUUACAUCACGCUGCCACACAACAGCUACGCUGCUUGUUUAUGAAGUGUUGUGCAGCGGGCGGCGCAUAUGUUCACACUGGAGGAGGUUUUAGAAUAAGCGGGAUUUGUCUAUGACGUAAAGCCUCGGCUUCUCAUCUCAAAAAACACUUGUGUUGUUCUGUUCGCUUCUUUGCUUUUGUCUCAAUCAAUAAAAUUUAUUUUUGAUAAUGA